AUGAAUCUUGAGAAUUGCCAGUGUCUAGGCUCCAUGAACAGCAGAACUUGGUCUGGUUAUGAGAGAGUGAGCUACGAUCCUCUUGUGUGUGUCAACGAAUGUGUGAAGAAAUUGAAGAAAACUUUGUGGAGGAAGAUCAAGAGAGAAAAGAGGAGAAUUUUCAGAUCUUCACCAGUGUUUCAUGUCCCAUAUGAUACUUGCUCCUACUUGCAGAACUUUGAUGAUGGCUACGACUCCACUGACCCUGAUAAUGUUUCUCGCUCGUUCUCAGCUCGAUUUGCAGUGCCUUCCAAGAGUUUUGAGAAGAAUGAAGUGAUGUGUAGUUGA